CUGGGAAAACCUAAACCGCCCACCCCAGCGGCAAAAAAUCAACUUCAAAGUGCCCUCGUUCUUCUUCCUCACCCCCUCCCCCCAACCGUCAAAACUGAAAGCGCUUUCUUGCCUCCGGGAUCCCACCCAAAACCAAGCACUGUCGUGUACCCCUUUAUAUAUAUACGAAGGAAAACAGGCGACAACUCUAGUGCUCUAUAAUAACACACGGUUCGUUUUGACCUUUUUGGCUUUGUAUCAGUGCCAAAUCUUUGUCUUGUCUACCGCCCAUGUUUUGCUUUGAAAUUACUUAAUUCCUUUUCUUUUUGUUUUAUUUCCCUUCUUUCCCAUUGAAGAUAAGUAUUCCAUUCUUUUCACCUUUUCUUGUCACUGACUAGUACUCCUCGUACCCUCUUCUCGUUCUCCACUUGUCUUCCAUUCUCUUCCAGACUCAUUCUCUGGCUGCUUUUCUUUUUGUGUAGAAAAUAAUUUCGUUGCUGAGUUAGCGCAUCAAUGGCGUGGAGUAAUAUGUUCUCAUAUUUUUCUUUCCCGAAUUUCUAUCGUAUCUUUCAGGGCAGAGUGAGGUCGGCAGAGAUGGGUACACACACUAUCAAAUCUCAUGGAACCAAAGUUGCGAGGGAUCACAUGCUGGACUGGCUUAUUCUACUGCUACUUGUGUUGAUUGAGGUCAUUCUCUAUGUAAUCCAUCCUUUUUACCGAUUUGUGGGAAGGGAUAUGAUGACAGACCUGAAAUAUCCUGUGAAAGAAAACACAGUGCCUGCAUGGAGUGUUCCUAUGUACACAGUUUUUUUGCCCAUUGCUGUUUUCCUUUUAUUCUAUACGCGAAGGAAAGAUGUCUAUGAUCUGCAUCACAGCAUCUUAGGCCUCUUAUUUUCUGUGCUGAUUACUGCGGUCAUCACGGAUGCAAUAAAAAAUGCAGUUGGCCGGCCUCGACCAGACUUCUUUUGGCGCUGCUUUCCUGAUGGGAAUGAACUCUAUAAUCGGUGGGGAAAUGCAGUAUGUCAUGGUAGAGAAAGUGACAUUAGGGAAGGACAUAAGAGUUUCCCAAGCGGCCAUACUUCUUGGUCCUUUGCUGGAUUAGGUUUUCUCUCAAUUUACUUAUCUGGGAAAAUCAAAGCAUUUGAUCAGAAAGGGCACGUGGCAAAGCUGUGCAUUGUUUUUUUUCCUCUGCUUAUGGCAUCUCUUGUAGGCAUCUCUCGAGUUGAUGAUUACGGGCAUCAUUGGCAGGAUGUGUUCGCUGGAGGCCUUCUAGGGCUGGUUGUGGCCACAUUCUGCUAUGCACAGUUAUUCCCACCCCCAUAUAAUGAUGAAGGCAAUAGCAUCUUUACUUUAACAUCUUGUUGCCGGCGGAGUACGUCAUCUGGACAUGUUAGAAGUUCGUUCUCAAGCAGUGCUGGGUCAUUUUUUCAUGAAAAAAACCUGAGAGAGUGAGAGUGACUCUCUAAUGAAAGCGAUGAAUUUUUCUAAGCGUUCCCUGUUCAUAUUCUUGACCACAGGAUGGGGACCUUACGAAUAUUUCAGAGCAAUGGAGGAGUCACGUUCCAAUACAAAUUCAGGGGAGUCUGUGAAUGAACUUGACGUGCAGCCCAUGAGUUUAGCCGUUGUGAGUCAGCAAGUCAGGAAACACGGAAACGAGUUUGCUGCUUUGGAGGAUUUGGAAUCCGGUAGGAGGUGACUAAGCAUUUUCUAGCUUGUGAUCUACUUUUGUCCAUAUUUUGUACGAGUUUGGAUUCUUUCUUCUCUACUUUUCUUUUGGUCAAUAGAAUGUAGAGUGGGGAUCUAUUAUUAUAGUCAAAUGAAUAAAUGAAUGGUAGAUAUUGGUGGA